AAUGUGUUCUAUUAUAGAAACGCGUGUAGACGCGCUUACAAGUAUUCUAAAUUGUUUCCUUAACGAAAAAAAGUUGCCUCUCAGUUAUGGUAUUGAUCCGGUUUUGUAACAAUAUGACAUAUUCACUUCAAUUUAACAUAACUUUCAGUCAUUGAAUAAAAUGCAUAAGAUGAGAUUCCAUCACAGUUCCCAGAGAGCAGAAGGCUGAGAAUUUACUACCGAGUUACACAGGUUCAUUGAAUGUUCUGUUUCAUUGUCAUGUGACUUCUUAUCGAGAAAAUAUCUAUUUGUAUCGCAAUCAGUCCAUGAAAUCAUAUGAACUUAAAAAAAGAUUUAUUCUUUCUCCAUUGUUAGUCAUAAAUAAAAUUAGGAUAUGACAAUUUUCACAUUUAACAAAUUUUUUUAAAAAGAAUAUUUAAGCUCCAAGUUGCAUCAAAUGAGAAGAAUCACUUUAUUUAAAUAACUUGUUAUUCAGUGAUGACUUUAUACUAUAUAUAGUCCUCUAGGUUUCAUUGUAAACUUAAAGCGAAAUCGUUACUUUCAAUUUAAAACCAAAAUCAAAGAUAAAUAAAUUUCUUAACUUUUAUACUUUUCGUUCGGUUGUGAUACUUGAUAGUUUUUAGUCGCAUUUGAAUUCUAUAGAAUUCAUUCCCUAACCAAAAUAAUGAAAAUUAAAGUAAAUAAAUUUAAAAACUUGAACUUUAAUGGCUGCAUCUACGAAUGAGUAUAUCGUACGGCUAAAUAUUAAGUUAAGUAUUUUAGAUCAUAGUAAUUCGUAGCGGCGGAUGUUCAAGUUAUGGUCUUUCGAUUGAGUUUAGACAAUAUUUUACGAAACUGGAGGAAACAAAAACAGCGUUUCAUGCUUAUUUUGGAAGAACUGAGAAACUCAGACAUACUUUCCGCAAUGUCGUCACAUUUCAUCGACACUAUAUGGAUAUAACAGACUGUGCGGAUCUGCAAAAGCCACAAAACUCUGCCCUUAGUAUUCUCUGAUAGGAAGGAAAUAGUAGGAUUCCUGUUUAUAGAAGCAAACCUGUGUAUAUCACACUUUUUUGUAGCAGACAUCAUGAUAAUGUUACAAAUAAAUUGUGUUCGUUGUCUGACUCAAUGAAAAUUGAAGUUAAUCAUAUCGAAGCGAAAAUCAAUCAGGCAAAGAAGCAAAGAGCCGAGGCCGAUUGUAUUGAUAUCGUUGUUGAAAUCGCUUUCUCCAAUCUGCGAUAAUAAACGAUGCUGGUCAUGUUUGUCGAAAAGGAUUAGCCAUCUGCAGAAAGAAUGCUCGAUUGGAAAUCCUAGACAGAGAGACGUUAGAACAUGAUGUUGAACGUCAGAUGGUUCCUAGUAUAGCAAGUAAGCACACGUAUUGAUAAUUGACUACCCAUUGGAUUCUUCUGCUAGAACAAUUCUGGCAAGCGUUAUAAUCUUUCCUGCUGUUUUAUAAGAAGCAAGUGCCGUUCUAUAUUAUCUCUUUCAAUACCUCUAUACUUGAAAUGGUUUUAUUUGGAUUAUUUUUAGCAUCUUUUCCUUACCGAUGAACGUCAAAUUGUUUCUUACGAAAUGGCAGCAUAUCGUAAUCGGACGAAACAAAUAGAGUUAAAUUAGCAAAUACAGAGAGGCCAUUCUUUCAUAUCGCAUCCGUCAAUUGAACCAAAGUUCGAACGCUACUCAUUUGUCCACCAUAAGAAAUUGCGAAGGGUCAUACCAAGAAAUUUCAGUCGAACUUCAACAAAUGAAUUCACACACCAAAGUUUUCAUCCAUUGUUCGAGACGCUUCUACAACUUAAUCGAGAAAUUUCCGAUUAAAAAGAAAUCAUCGAGAAAAAGAAGUUUUUCUAUCCAGAAAGCGAGCCGAGUCCUCUUCACUUUGUCUAUUUGGUAAAUGUUCGAAGAAACUCGACCUUCGAUUCUAAGAACUUCAUAUCAAAAUGUACAUCAAACGAGAGACCUCGCUUUGUUCUCUCUAGCGAUAUACAAGAUAAUCCGUCUAAAAUAAAUUAUAUUGACUUUUCUUGAUUAAAAAUGAUUUUGAGUCGAUUGAACUUGUAUGAUUUUGACCGAUUUGUAAUUCAUAUUUUAAUGAAUAAUUAUAUUUUUGUGUCUAUUUUUGCUCAUAAGUGUUACAUGAAUGAAACGCAAAAACGUCUAACAAAGCAAAUACCCGUGAUAAAACAACGUGUCCGUAUUUAGGAAGCAUGUUGGAAAUGGCAACUCUAUCCGAGUAUCGUUUUCGAGCACAGCAAUAGGCAGAAACUAUGUAGAAAACGAUGACCGGAACCCGAUAUCGGAAUUCUGCUUCUGGAAAUCCAUCAUAGUUGGUCGUUUCCCGCCGUGCGUCUUCAGCCUAAGAUGACUUAUUUUGAACUUUUAAAAUUUUUCAUUUCUACUCAUCCUCAAUCACUGUUUCAGUUGUUAGAGUUUUAAACUUUGAAAGGUCUGUAGCUCUGUCAUUUUAGCCAAAAAGUCACUCUAAUUUCUUUUAUAAUCACAUUCUCAUACAAGGAUUCCGAAUAUGUAACAAAAAAAUGUAUGUUGAAAAUAUUCACACUCUAACUAUUCCCGAUUAUUCCAUCUUCUAACUAGAAAACAAAGGAGUGGUGAAAAAGAAGAAGGCACCAUCGACUUUUCAAAUACAAUUCUUCAUUCAUUUCCAAAAAGAUUUUUUCAUCCUAUGUGAUAUGACAUACUUUCUGAAAAAAAGGGUGUUAUAAUGAUCUUUUUGAAGUUCUAUACUUGCUGAUUAGAAUCCAAAAAUAGGUUCAGUAUGACACCUUUUUUUUUUAGAGAGAACUCAGUUUUCUGAGAGAGAGUAUAAAAGUAUAAAUUUAUGUCAGUCUACGACUCUGUGUCUUAUUAGUUUUAUUUCGUGUGUGUGUGUAGAACUACAUUAAACAUUAUUUAUCGAGGAUUUUUAAAAUUAUUCAUUGAAUGGUGUUACAAAGUGUAAGCCGACACAUAUGCUCUUACAGAAAAAAAACAUUUACCUGCCGCCGAAACGUUCUUUGUCUCGGUCACCUUGAUUCUAUUGUAUUUUAUCUACUUAGGUUAAAGAAGAAAAUGAUUACAGCACAAAAUAAACAUUCUGAUGCGCGUUUUUUACACGACUCUGCUUUAUCAUUUAUUACAUUCUUCAGCUAAAAUAUGAAGCCAUGAUUCUCAUCGUUACAUUACGACAUCUCAGCUUUACUUCAUUGUGGCUAGUUUUACCCUUACUGUUAUGCAUUACUCCCGACAUUAUUCCUUUGUCGAAGCGUUUGGCUGGCUCUCGUCCCAAUAUCGUAUUGAUAAUGACUCAUGACAUGGGCUGGGGUGAUUUGGGUGCGAAUUGACCUAAUACACGUGAUACUCCAUUUCUUGAUUAUUUAACUUCCAUUAGUAUGCGUUUCCCAGAUUAUCACAGUGGAGCUUCAGUUUGCAGUGUUAGUUGAGCAGCUCUAUUAACUGGACGAUUAACUCUACGCACAGGUGUUUGGCUAAACUUCGCCUCAACUGCUCUUGGGGGACUGCCUGUUAAUGAAACUAUCAUUUCGAAACUUUAAAAAAGUGUUGGUUAUGCAACUGCUAUUCAUGGUAAAUGACAUCUUGGACAUCAACCUCCAUUUCAUCCUUCAUACCGAGGAUUCGAUGAGUAUAUCGGUGUUCCAUAUAGCAUUGAUAUGAGUUGCACAGAUAAUUCUGGAACUAAUUAUCCACCAGGUAAAAGUUUGUCCUAAAGAUGCGCCAUUUUAUUUUGAACAAAAACAUGAACAUGCUGAUGAUCUAAGAAGAGUUAUUGAAGUUGAUUUAACAGUUGGUAUACCGCUGUAUCAAUGUCUUACACCUCGAUGUCAGAAUGAUAACUGUAAUAAAGAAAUUAUUGAACAGCCAGUUAAUCUUUCAACUUUAACACAAUCGUAUAUUGAUAAUGAUCGACGAUUUAUUCAACGUAGUGUAAAAGCAAAGCAACCAUUCUUUCUAUAUCUGCCAUUGUCACACAUGCACGUACUGCAUGAUUAUGCACAACAAUUCAAAGAUACAAGUGCUUUGCAGAGUAUUUACGGUGAUGCACUACGAGAAUUAGAUUGUCAUGUCAAUCAAACAUAUCAACUGUUAAAAGAUUUAGGUAUUUUAAACGAAAUAUUGUUGAUAUUUACCAGUGACAAUGGACCAUGGUCAUCAAAAUGCGAUUUAGCAGGAAAUCCAGGACCAUUUACAGGUGCUUGGCAAGCGUUACCACUACCUUCUGGAGGUGGAGAAGGGAGGAUAGCAAAAUUCACAACAUGGGAGUCAGGACAUCGUGUUCCAUUCAUUGCACAUUGGCCGGGUAUGAUCAAACCGGGCACCGUCUCUAAUGCCAUUGGGUCACACUUGGAUAUGAUGUCAACUCUUGCUAAUCUUGCUAAUUUUCGUCAAAUCGUAGCUUUGAUGGAAUUGAUCUGA